UCCCCCGAGUCCGAGUCUCACGUCGCCCCAGCGCCCCUGGCUUCUCAGAAGGCCACCCCCUUCGCGAGCGCGCCGCCGAUGGUCGUAGCAGUGCUGCGGCUUUUUGUGCGCCCGGCCGCCCAGAAGGGUAGCGCACACCUGUGGGCCUAG